AUGGCGUACAUGUGCGCCGACAGCGGCAACCUCAUGGCCAUCGCGCAGCAGGUGAUCCAGCAGCAGCAGCAGCACAACCAGCAGCAGCAGAGGCACCACCACCACCACCUCGUCCCGUCGCCGAUGCCGAUGCCGGCCGCCCCCGUGCCCCCGCACGCGCAGAUCCCGGGCUCGCUGCCGUUCGGCGCCGCGGGGUCCGCGGCCUGGCCCCAGGCCGAGAACUUCUUCUCCGACGUCUUCGGGGCGUCCGCCGCCGACGCCGUGUUCUCCGACCUCGCCGCCGGCACGGACUUCGACUCCGACGUGUGGAUGGAGAGCCUCAUAGGGGACGCCCCCGUGUUCCAGGACUCGGACCUCGACCGCCUCAUCUUCACCACGCCGCCCCCGCCCGUCGCGCCCCCGGCUGAAGCCGAGGACGCUGCCCCGCAGGUCGAGAAUGCGCCGGCCUCGCUCCCCACGGUUGCUGCCGCGGCGCAGGCGGCGUGUUCUUCCCCGGGCUCACCCGACGCGUCCUGCUCCGCCCCCAUCCUCCAGUCUCUCCUCGCCUGCUCCCGCGCCGCGGCGGCCAACCCAGCCCUCGCCGCCGCGGAACUCGCCAAGGUCCGUGCCGCUGCCACCGAGUCCGGGGACCCCGCGGAGCGCGUGGCCUUCUACUUCUCCGACGCGCUCGCUCGGCGCCUCCCCUGCGGCGGCGCGGCGUCCCUCGAGACGGCGUCCGACGCGCGGCUCGCCUCCGACGAGGUCACGCUCUGCUACAAGACACUCAACGACGCCUGCCCCUACUCCAAAUUCGCGCACCUCACCGCCAACCAGGCCAUCCUGGAGGCCACGGGCGCGGCGACCAAGAUCCACAUCGUUGACUUCGGCAUCGUGCAGGGCAUCCAGUGGGCGGCGCUCCUCCAGGCGCUGGCCACGCGGCCCGAGGGGAAGCCAUCUCGGAUUCGUAUCUCCGGCGUCCCCUCGCCAUACCUGGGGCCGCAGCCCGCGGCGUCCCUGGCCGCGACCAGCGCGCGUCUCCGUGACUUCGCGCAGCUUCUCGGGGUGGACUUCGAGUUCGUCCCGUUGCUCCGGCCGGUGCACGAGCUCGACCAGUCCGACUUCUCGGUCGACCCCGACGAGGUCGUGGCCGUCAACUUCAUGCUCCAGCUCUACCACCUGCUGGGCGACUCCGACGAGCCGGUGCGGCGAGUCCUCCGCCUCGCCAAAUCGCUCGGCCCGGCGGUGGUAACCCUCGGGGAGUACGAGGUGAGCCUGAACCGAGCCGGAUUCGUCGACCGGUUCGCCAGCGCGCUGAGCUACUACCGGGCGGUGUUCGAGUCGCUGGACGUGGCAAUGGCGCGGGACUCCGAGGACAGGGCGACGCUGGAGCGGUGCAUGUUCGGCGAGCGCAUCCGCAGGGCCGUCGGGCCGCCGGAGGGCGCCGACAGGACCGACAGGAUGGCCGGCAGCGCCGAGUGGCAGGCGCUCAUGGAGUGGUGCGGCUUCGAGCCCGUCCGGCUCAGCAACUACGCCGAGAGCCAGGCCGAGCUCUUGCUCUGGGACUACGACUCCAAGUACAAGUAUUCGCUCGUGGAGCUGCCGCCGGCGUUCCUCUCGCUCGCGUGGGAGAAGCGGCCUCUGCUCACCGUCUCUGCUUGGCGGUGA